AUUACCCUUCCCCUUACUUACCCAUCCUUCCCCUUUCGUCUUUGCACUUACUCGCCCUCCUCACCCGUCUCCUGCUCCACAAUGACUCGCUCGACUCCCUACCACGCAUCCCUCGUCGACCGCUCAGAGCACUCACCGGAGCUCCUCAAGCUCCUGUACCACACGGAGGUCAGCCGCCAGAUGAUUGUUUGGCUCGCUGAGAAGACUAAGGCGCUUAUCCCCUGCUCAAACGAGGCAAGCCUCCUCCCAACGCCUCCUCAUACCCCGCCCAAGACCACCGCUCCGGUAUUCACACGCCAACUCCCUUCCCUCGAGCGUUUUAUUCGGUCUCUAGUCGAGCGCUCUCGCGUUCACACCGCUACCCUCCUCAGCACAUGUAUCUACCUGGACCGUAUUGCGGCACGUAUUCCUAAGGGCGGAGAGGGUCUGCCCGACACUUGCCAUCGUAUCUUUCUGGCUACCCUUAUCACUGCCUCGAAAGCGUUGAACGACUCAUCGCCUAAGAAUAGUCAUUGGGUCGAAUACGCCCGGUUCUUCACUGCGGCCGAUGUCAUCAUGAUGGAGAAGCAGCUGCUCGCGCUCCUCGACUACAACCUCCUCUUCACUGAGGCGGAGCUAAUGGAGCAGCUCAAGCCCUUCCUGCCCUCAUCUGCGCACCCCACGCCUGUGAAGCCAGUUACUCCCGCUCGUGCCGUCUCAUCGCGCGAUCUGUACCUGGACGCUACACCUCCCGCGCUCGAGCGGAGUGGCUCAGACUCCUCUCUCUCAAGCGUUGGCACACCCUCAUCGACCGGCCCCCGUACCCCUCUCGACGGUUACACUCCCUCAUCCUGCAUUUCCUCUCCCUCCUCGAAUCGGAUGUUAACAAAGGAGAAGCUCAGUCGCUUCUACCUCUCGCCUUCGCCUGUCAAGUCCGAAGCUCGUCGCCAACCAUCCAUUCUGAGGGCCCCCCCUGCUGCCCUUCGCAAGCUGUCGUCUGUGACGAACCUUGCUUACUCUCCGUACCCGAAGCCUUAUGAAACAUCAUCAAAGUGUUCUCCACGUUCUCGAUCAGUACUCUCAGCGAGUAGCGUGCCCACGCUCGUUCGCGCUGAGACGUUUCUUGAUCGCCUGAUCUGCAAGCGGACAAAGAAGCAGCGUACAAGUGAUUCCCUCCUGAUGGAUGUGGAACACGACGACGUAUUCAUGCCCAAUUCAGCCGUGGUCGUUCUCUAAGACAGGAAGCCCUCUCGACACCCAUCUACUGUAUCAAUUUGGCAAGCCCUGUCUACAUAUGCGUCCAUUACUCUAUCCGUCUCUUUUAAAAGCUUACUAUAUGGCAACCUAAAACCUCGACUGGCGAUUUUGUUCUCUUCUCUCUUUUCGUCUUGGUUCACACUAUUGUUUCUUGCGCGCCAGCGCGCCGCCGCUCUUUACCUCAAUUCGUUCUUUAGCAUCUAUCUUCAGAGAACCUAGUGUUCUCGCUGUCUGUCUCUGGUUGUUCUCUUUCGUUAUGGUUUGGGCUAGCCUAGUGCUGCUCGUUGUAUUCCCUCUGCUCCUUACAUUACCAUUUGCACUGCAUCAUUGUUACCGAAAUCGUAUAGUCAAAGCGUCAAUCGUACUGUGUCCUUAGUAGUAUAUGUGUCAGUAGUUGGGUUCCAUGCAUGAUCCGAUUGAGCCUAAUACCGACCACUGCCAAUUA